GAUGAUGGAGAGAGGCGGGCCUCGGAAACUGUCUCAUCUUUGGGGGGCGGGGGAGAAAAAAUGGCGGAGCUGAUGCUCCUCAGCGAGAUUGCGGACCCAACGCGUUUUUUCACCGACAACUUGUUGAACCCGGAGGACUGGGGUCUGCGGAACAGCACCUUGUAUACCGGCCUGGAUGAAGUGGCCGAGGAGCAGACGCAGCUCUUCCGUUGCCCGGAGCAGGAUGUCCCGUUUGGCAGCAGCUCCCUGGACGUGGGGAUGGAUGUCAGCCCCCCUGAACCCCCCUGGGACCCCCUGCCUAUCUUCCCAGAUCUUCAGGUGAAGUCUGAGCCAUCCUCCCCCUGCUCUUCCUCCUCCCUCAGCUCUGAAUCAUCACAUCUUUCCACAGAGCCCUCCAGCCAGGGCCCUGGUGUAGGGGAGGUGCUGGUUGUGAAGACAGAGUCCUUGGCACCCCCACUCUGCCUCCUGGGAGAUGACCCAACAUCCCCAUUUGAAACCAUCCAGAUCAAUGUGGGCCCCACCUCUGAUGAUCCCUCAGAUGUCCAGACCAAGGUAGAACCUGUCUCUCCAUCUUCUUCUAUCAACUCUGAGACUUCCCUGCUCUCAGCAGAGUCCCCCAACCAGGCUUUUAUAGGAGAGGAGGUGCUGGAAGUGAAGACAGAGUCUCCAUCCCCUCAAGGGUGUCUCCUGCGCGAUGUCCUAGGCCCCCCACUUGGAGCUGUCCAAAUCAGCAUGGGCCCGUCCCCCGAUGGCUCCUCAGGCAAAGCCCUGCCUGCCCGGAAGCCACCACUGCAGCCCAAACCUGUGGUGAUAACCACUGUCCCGAUGCCACCUAGAGCUGUGCCUCCCAGCACCACUGUCCUUUUGCAGCCCCUUGUCCAGCCUCCCCCAGUGUCCCCAGUUGUCCUCAUCCAAGGUGCUAUUCGAGUCCAGCCUGAGGGGCCGGCCCCCCCUGCUCCAAGGCCUGAGAGGAAGAGCAUUGUGCCAGCUCCUAUGCCUGGAAACUCCUGUCCACCUGAAGUGGAUGCAAAGCUGCUGAAGCGGCAGCAGCGAAUGAUCAAGAACCGGGAGUCAGCCUGCCAGUCCCGGAGGAAGAAGAAAGAGUACCUGCAGGGGCUGGAGGCCCGGCUGCAGGCCGUGCUGGCUGACAACCAGCAGCUCCGCCGGGAGAAUGCUGCCCUCCGGCGGCGGCUGGAGGUCCUGCUGGCUGAGAACAGUGAGCUCAAGUUAGGGUCUGGAAACAGGAAGGUGGUCUGCAUCAUGGUCUUCCUUCUCUUCAUUGCCUUCAACUUUGGGCCUGUCAGCAUCAGUGAGCCUCCUUCAGCUCCCAUCUCUCCUCGGAUGAGUGGAGAGGAGCCUCGACUCCGGAGACACUUGCUGGAGUUCUCAGCACAAGAGCCGGUUCAUGGAGUUGACCCCCUCCAGGGCUCCUCCCAGAGCCAUGAGGAGCCCCAGCCCAGCCCCACAAGCCGGCCAAGCUUCAGGAACUUGACAGCCUUCCCUGGGGGCGCUAAGGAGCUGCUACUGAGAGACCUGGACCAGCUCUUCCUCUCCUCUGAUUGCCGACACUUCAACCGAACCGAGUCCCUGAGGCUUGCAGACGAGCUGAGUGGCUGGGUCCAGCGCCACCAGAGAGGUCGGCGGAAGAUCCCCCAGAGGGCCCAGGAGAAACAGUCUCAGCUACGGAAGAAGUCGCCUCCAGUUAAGGCAGUCCCCACCCAACCCCCCGGGCCCCCAGAAAGGGAUUCUGUGGGCCAGCUGCAGCUGUAUCGCCACCCAGACCGUUCCCAGCCAGAAUUCCUGGAUGCAAUCGACCGACGGGAAGACACAUUUUAUGUUGUCUCCUUCCGAAGGGACCACUUGCUGCUCCCAGCCAUCAGCCACAACAAGACCUCUCGGCCCAAGAUGUCCCUGGUGAUGCCUGCCAUGGCCCCCAAUGAGACCCUGUCAGGCCGGGGGGCCCCAGGGGACUAUGAGGAGAUGAUGCAGAUCGAGUGUGAGGUCAUGGACACCAGGGUGAUUCACAUCAAGACCUCCACGGUGCCCCCCUCGCUCCGAAAACAGCCGUCCUCGACCCCGGGCAAUGCCACAGGUGGCCCCUUGCCAGCUUCUGCAGCCGGCCAGACCCACCAGGCCGCCCAUCGGCCCCUCUACCUCAAUCAUCCCUGACCUCUGUGACUCACACUGACUUAGAACUAGAGGGGCACUGGGUAGGGGUGACCAAGUGGGACCGUUUCUAAUUUCCCUGAUCCCUGGGCUUGGGGCAAUUGGUAAAGAAUGAGAGGGUGUGGGGGUUAAGCACUUAUCUGGAGGUGAAGGGAUUCACCUCUCUUCUCACCUCUUUUUGGAAUAUAGGGCUCCUCGCAUUUCUCGGAACCCCUAGUCCCUGCUUCUUUCUUUGAGGGUAUGAGUGAGGUUAAGUCUUGGGGCAGAUGGGCUCCUGCACCCUCUUUAUUCUUUGUUUCUUUGUCUGGGAGGGUGGAAGUGGGAGUUUAGUCCCCAGGCGGGACAAGGGACGUUUUUACAUUUUGGAGCUAGUUACUGGGAGUAAAGGAGGGUGGUGGAGGGAGAUCAGGUGUAUGUUUGUGCAUAUCUUCUUUUUUAUUGUUAAAUAAACAACUUGGAGGGAGUUGAAGGAA